AUGGCGGAUCAACUCACCGAUGACCAGAUCUCAGAGUUCAAGGAAGCGUUUAGCCUCUUCGACAAGGAUGGAGAUGGUUGCAUCACCACCAAGGAGCUCGGAACUGUGAUGAGGUCUCUUGGGCAAAACCCAACAGAAGCUGAGCUCCAAGACAUGAUCAAUGAAGUUGACGCAGACGGGAAUGGGACCAUAGAUUUCCCCGAGUUCCUGAACCUGAUGGCAAGGAAAAUGAAGGACACUGAUUCAGAGGAAGAGCUGAAGGAAGCCUUUAGGGUUUUUGAUAAAGACCAGAAUGGUUUCAUAUCUGCAGCAGAGCUUCGACAUGUGAUGACUAAUCUCGGGGAGAAGCUAACCGAUGAGGAAGUUGAUGAGAUGAUCCGAGAGGCGGAUGUUGACGGUGACGGUCAGAUCAACUAUGAUGAAUUCGUUAAAGUCAUGAUGGCUAAGUGA